AUGGAGGCCCCUCGGGCUGAGGGCGCGGAGUCGGCACCCUGGGAGCACCUGGAGGGUCCCGAGCGUCUUUUGCUGCAGGCGCUGCAGGCGGGGCCCGAGGGGGCGCGGCGCGGCCUCGGGGUGCUGCGGGCGCUGGGCAGGCGCGGCCGGGAGCCCCUCUGCUGGGGCCGCUUUCUCGAGGCUCUGUGCCGGGAAGAGCCGGUGGUGCAGGGGCCUGACGGCCGCCUGGAAGUGAAACCACUGUUGCUGCGGUUGCCCCAAUUAUGCCAGAGGAACCUGCUGUGCCUGCUGAUGGCCAUGAGACCAGCGCUGCCUGAAAGCGGACUUCUCUCGGUGCUGAAGAUAGUUGGGCAAGCUUCGGGCUCGGAGUCUGAUGCCUGGCUCGGGGCCCUGGGGGAACUGCUGCGGAGGGAUGCCGGGCCCCCGCUCCAGGCAGCCUGCCCACUGUCUGAAAGAUGCCAGCAACAGCUCCGAGGUCUGUGCAGGCGGCUGGGGCAAGGUGGCCGGGGGCUGAAGUCGCCCCGGGUACCAGACCCUGAGCAGGGAGAAGUGGAAGAGGACGCGGGUUCCCAGAGGCCACGUGGGAUACGCAGGAAGGAACCCGAGGGAGAGCCUUCCACAGCUGAUGGGGAGAGGACCCCGAAAAGGUUCCGUUGUUCAGAAUGGGAAGACGAGGAAGAGGUGAUGGUUCAGGAGGAGGAGAAAGGAGGUUCUGAACGGACAUCACCAGAAUCCCUGGCAGAUGAAGGAGCCACGGUGUCCGUUGAGGAUGACCAUGUCGUGGGUGUUGAGAGCAAUGAGGCUGGCCGGAGACUGGAGGCCGCCCAGGGCCCUGCAGAGAGCUUAGAGUUACCCAAAGCUAUCCAGGACCAGCUUCCCAGGCUGCAACAGCUGCUCAAGACCCUUGGGAAGGGGUUGGAGGGGCUAGAAGACGCCCCCCCAGUGGAGCUACAGCUGCUGCACGAAUGCAGCCCCUGCCAGAUGGAGCUGCUGUGUGCCCAGCUACAGCUCCCCGAGCUCUCGGACACGGCCGUCCUGCGGCUCUGCACCUGGCUGCUGGCCCUGUCACCAGAUCUUAGCCUCAGCAAUGCAGCCGUGCUGAUCCGGAGCCUCUUUCUGGGGAGGACCUUGGCCCUGACCUCCUCGGCCUCCCGCCUGCUCACAGCUGCCCUGACUGCCUUCUGUGCCAAGUACACCUACCCUUUCUGCAGAGCUCUCCUGGGCCCCAUGCUCCAGGCCUCAGGCACAGGUCUACCUCAAACAGAAUUGCUGUGUUGUCUCACGAAGGACAAGUCCCUGGAGCCAGCCACGCGGGUGCUAAUGCUGGAGCACAUCUUGGAUCUGCCCUGGAAGGAGGAGACAUUCUUGGUGCUGCAGUCACUCUUAGAGCAACAGGUGGAGCUGACCCCCGAGAAGUUCGAUGUCUUGAUGGAGAAGCUCUGUAAAGAGGGGCUGGUGGCCACUGCCUCCAUGGCCUACGCCAAGCUUGUGCUGACCGUGCUGACCAAGUACCAGGCCAGCAUCACAGAGACCCAGAAGAUGCGCCUGGCCCCGGCCCUGGAAUCCAACACCACCUUCCUGAAGAAGUCCCUGCAGGCUGCCCUGAGACAUCUGGCCCCCUGAGCACCCUCGCCGUCUCGCGGAGGACGUGACUGCUGGCACCCCUCUGCUCGGGAUGAAGGCUGAGCCUGGCCAUCCCAGGGACCGGCUGCCUCCCCACUUGAGGCUCCUGGGGAGUGAGAGAGCAGGGCCAGGGCCUGCUCACCAAGGAGCUGGAUGAACCCUCCGUGCAAGGGCUGCUGGCCCUGCCCACUCCUCACUGCUUCUCAGGCUGCGGGGACAGAAACCCUCGCACAGGCCUAGGUGUGCCUGAAGCCGACCCAGGCUGGAGAGGCCACGUGUCAUUUCUCUGACCUGUGCUCUGUACAUGACUUGAAUAAUUUAUCAAAUGGUACUUAAGAAAAAGGAGGAUAUUCCUCAGUGUCCUAUUAGAAGCU